AUGGACAAGAUCAUCGAGACUCUUGCCCACCACGCUGUCCACGAAGCCGGACAUCAUGCCUUCAAGUCAUCCCACACGAAACAUUGGACGACACAAGAUGAAAAACAGCUUGCUGUUAAUCAAUGGAAUGUAAAAUUUCCAUACGACGACGUCAUCUCCAUUCAUAGCUCCUACACACGAAAAACCCCCUUCUUCGUGGAAUUGCAGUAUUCAGUCACUGAGUACUGGACUGCCCGGGUUGACCCUACGACAAAGUCUAUCUUUUGCCAGAAGCUAUCUGUGCGCGACUGUCAUAUGCCAUGUCCCGGGAUGAAUGAGCUACAUGUCCCCAACUUUCUCUUGGGUGGUGAUGAUGUUGUCGUGGCUGAGCUUAUGGAACGCGAUUCCCGCACUGGUGUAAUCGGCACCAAGAUGAGGACGCUUUUAGAGGUUGUGAUGCUUGCCGUAUGUAACGGCAAUGCUUCAUCAUUCCAACUGGAUAAUGUUGGCUCGGGUCGGCAGCCUCUGUAUCGCAUGUGCGAGAAGAAGUCGGUUAUUUGGGAUUCUAGUAGGAAGGAAUGGUACCAAACCAUGUCGUUGUCUAAGACAGCUGUUAGAAUGUGCGGGUCAUGUCUUGGAAAGGUCAAAGUGCUUGUGGAUUCGUAG